AUGAGACUUAGAAAGGAUGUUAGAGAAAACUUGAAAGAGUCUGAUUAUUGGCAAAACGUCACCAAACCAAGUUUAAUUAAUUUCUUGAAAUAUCGCGAAACUAAAGUUCAUGAAAAGCUUGAUAGAAAUAAUGAAAUACUUCGGUAUAAACAAGAUUUAAAGAAGAUAGAAACGCAUUAUAAAUACGGAAGUAAUGCAAAGAUCGCAAAAGUCGCUAAGCUUAAAAUAAAGGAAAUUGCUAUGCAUCUUUCCAAACAGUCAAAGAAACUUGACCUAGCAUCUGUUCAUGCGGACGAUGAAUUAAUAUCAUCUGAAGUGAAUGAUUUCUGGAGAUCGCAAGAAAUUCAGAACGAGAUCGAAAUAGAACAGCAAAACGAUAACUUAGAUAAGGAUGAAUUAAUAUCAUCUGAAGCAAAUGACUUUCGGAGAGCGCUAGAAGUCGAAAUAGAACAGCAGACCGAUGAAUCAGAUAAGGAUGAAUUAAUAUCAUCUGAAGCGAAUGACUUCCGGAGAACGCAAGAAGUUCAAAGCGAGAUUGAAAUAGAACAGCAAACUGAUGACUUAGAUAAGAUAAAGAUCCAUGGAAUUCUCAAAAAAGAAAUUCUGAUUGAAAGUAACAUUAAAAGCAUCAUUGAUGCUUUUGAACUUUAUAAGGAUAACAGUAAUGAUAAUAAUGUAUCAAUAGAAGGAAUAAUGGACCUUACUCCUAAAAGUCAUUUCAUUCAGCAACUUCCCUUAGAUGUAUAUCAAAGUUUUCUUGAAUCAUUAAAUCAAUAUGAUAAAUUAAUCCCGGAUGAAACACACAAGUUUCUGGUUGAUUUUUUUUCACAAAAAUUAACUUAUAAGCAGUGGUCAAAAGCCAUAGAUAAUUUGAAUAUUAAAGAACACAAAGAAGAGACCACUAGAAUGAUAAUAAAAAUGAUUACUAAAUCACUCGAUAAUUUGUAUGUGUCUUUCGCAUUAGAACAUAUGAAUCCACUCCAUAAUAUAGAAGCUCUAGAACAACCUAAUCUCAAUGACUAUAUACACCCGUGUAUAAAGUCAGCUUUAUGGAGUUGUGCUGAAAUAUAUUAUACUUCCGGCGAAAUUCCAUCAAUAAAUCAUAUCAACCGUCAAAAGGGAGAUGGUGUUGGCUUUACGAUCGACUCCAACAAAUAUCAGUUAGUUUUCGUUGAUGGUUCACGCCCCUAUAAAGUUAAAGCAAGGAAAGAACUUGAUGAUAGAAUUAAAAUAAUCAAGAACCUCGAAAAUAUGUUACUAAACAUUGUUAAAGAUCGGGUGAAGAAAAGGAAAUUGAUAAUACCGGAUAUGGAAGUUUUUGGUGUUGUUAGCAUAGAACUUAACCUACAUUUGUAUGCUCUUGGUUUUACCGAUUAUUAUUAUAUCAAAGAAAUCGACAAUGCCACAAUUCCAAGAGAUUUCUCGGAAAUGGAAGAAUUUAUUUUUUUUUACGAGUCAAUUUUAAAAUGGGCUCUUUCGGUAAAAAAUUGCUUUGAAAAAUUAUCGUGCGGUCAGGACACGUGA